UAUAGUCCAGGGAUAGACUUUGUUGGAAUUGGAUACAAUUUAUUGAAAGCUAAUCCCGAAGGAGGAGUUGGAGGUGCAGGCGGUGUGGAUCCAGGAUUGAACGGCGUCAGAAAAAUAUUGCAGCUAUCUAACUUUGCAGCUGUUGUUUGUUCUCUUCCUCUACUAUAUAACGAAGCUAAGUACAUGACGUUCCUGGAUGACUGGGGAACGCACGUGAUAAUGCAGGUUGAUUUUGGUACAAAAGUAAUCAAAAGAUAUGAAUCAUCUAUGACAGAAUUUAUAAACCACGUACAGAAAAGUGUAAAUCCUCAGCUACGGAUUCCUCUCACAUGGCCAUCUGGAACAUAUGGUCUUAUAAAAACUACUUCUGGAUGCCCCGCUGGCUCCGUUUUAUGGGAUGAUGAAAACAAGAACAAUCAUAAUUCUAAGUCAGGAACGUUACCAGACGGUCAGUACGAUGCAGAUACAAGAAUAGAUUUUUGUUGUAGAAAGGAUGGAGUACCAACCGGAGCAAUCUCGCUACCAAUAGAAAAACCCUUUUUUCUGUUUAAAUAUACCCGGGAAUGUCAACGAGUAAAGGGUAUGUCAGUGGCUGAAGAAUAUAUUAUAUGGGAUGAUUACCCUGCCCAAAAUCACGACAAAGAUACAGGAGCGCACCCUUUUGAUGAUGGUGGAAGCCACCAGCACAAAUUACAUUUUUGUUAUUAUGCUAAAUCAGGUUCAUCAUUAAUAGGAUAA